AUGACUCGGAAAGGUACUGCAAAGCUAGAUGAGCUUCGCAAGAUCGAGGGUCAGGUGCAGACUUUUUGGGAGUCGAAUAAAAUAUUCGAAGCAGACGUUCCUUUGAAAAACAGUGAAACAAUUGAAAAGUACUUCGUCACUUUCCCUUACCCCUAUAUGAAUGGGAGACUACAUUUGGGUCACACAUUUUCUUUAUCGAAAUGCGAGUUUUCCAUAGGGUACGAACGACUGAAGGGCAAGUUGGCUCUAUGGCCGUUCGGUCUUCAUUGCACCGGUACGCCUAUCCUAGCAUCUGCAGACAAAUUGUCACGAGAAUGCAAGGAGUUUGGUUGUCCACCUGUCUUCCCACACGAGGAUUCGGGGCUUUCUGCUAGUAUGGAGACAGUGACUCCUGCUCAAGGUAAAAGCAAAAAAAGUAAAGCUAUUGCGAAGACUAGUGGCGCAAAGUUUCAGUGGCAAAUAAUGGAAAGCCUUGGAAUGGAUAACAAUGAAAUCGCUAAAUUCAAAGACCCUGAAUACUGGUUGAAAUUUUUCCCUGCUUUAGCUGUUGAUGACCUGCGUAAACUAGGUGUCAAGGUUGAUUGGAGGAGAUCCUUUAUUACAACAGAUGCUAAUCCCUACUAUGAUUCAUUUGUUCGUUGGCAGUUCCUGACUCUUAAGAAGCAAGGAAAAAUUCAGUAUGGUAAACGAUACACCAUAUUCUCUGCUCGAGAUAAUCAGCCAUGUAUGGAUCAUGAGCGAACUGUUGGAGAGGGUGUCGUUCCACAAGAAUAUACGUUGAUUAAGUUGAAAGUCAUAUCCGAAUUUCCUUCGAAAUUCAGUUGCGUAAACCAAUUAAAAGAACCCAUAUUCCUUGUUGCGGCAACUCUACGUCCUGAAACGAUGUUUGGCCAAACUAAUUGUUGGGUACAUCCAGAUAUAGAUUAUGUCGGAGUGAAAAGCACACAACAAUCUUGUAUACUAAUUUGUACUCAACGCGCUGCUCAAAAUAUGGCGUAUCAGGGUAUUUUAGAUCCUUCACACCCUGGGCACAUCGAUAUAGUCGCAAAUUUCAAGGUGCUGAUCUUCUCGGAUUAA